CAGUCCACUAAAAUGGUUUAAAUAAUUUAGAUAUAUUUGUCAUAACAUAAUGUGUGUCAUUAUGAAGAGACUCGGAGAAUAAUGUAACUUCAGUGGAGUGUUUAUGUUCUCUUUGUACGACUUAAUUAAUACUAGCAACAAUGGUGGUGCAGAGUGAACAGAGUGAAAGUGGACAGGAUACACUGGGGCCACUACCUCCCCUGGCUUCUCACCUACAACGGACCAGUCGUCAGCAUCCGUGGAGACUCGCUCGGGUUCUGCCCAGCCGUCGUAAUUCGACCGGAACCAAUCUCUUUACCCUCGACCCUGUAGUACCCACGUCAGCUGUCGAGUCGAGGCCACAACCCGAGCGCCCACUGAGAGUCUCGGUCUGUGUACCCCAGGUCCUCAAUAACCGCCAGCCUGUAGAGGUCACCAACCGUUUGAGAUUACGGGUCAUCGGAGGACACCAGUUGGCAAAAAAAGACAUAUUUGGUGCAAGUGACCCUUACGUGAGGAUUGAUCUCAACACAGUGAACGGAGACGAAACGGUUGAUUCUGUACUUACUAAAACAAAGAAAAAGACUCUAAACCCAACAUGGAAUGAAGAAUUUAUAUUUAGGGUGAAACCCACACAUCACAAGCUGGUGCUUCAGGUGUUUGAUGAGAACCGGCUCACCAGAGACGACUUCUUGGGAAUGGUAGAGUUGACAUUAAUCGAUUUACCCAAGGAAGUUGAAGGAAGAACUAUUCAAACUAAGCAAUACAUUUUAAGGCCUCGAAGUGCUCGUUCCCGAGUUAAAGGCUAUUUGGAACUGUACCAUGCCUAUAUUCGUGAAGACGGCCAAAGAACUGAAGAAGAUGAGGAUAGAACAAGAAGAUUAGAAGAAGGGGAACCAGGAUGGGAAAUGUUGGAAAACAACGUGCCACCCAAUGCCAAUGUUGUAGAAACACCUGCUCAGGCUGUGUAUGUUUCCCAUGGUGAUGAAAGUUUUGGUGCGUUGCCGACUGGUUGGGAAGAGAGACAAGAUGCCAAUGGUAGAACAUACUAUGUCAAUCAUGUUGCUAGAACUACCCAAUGGGAAAGACCCACUUUACUGAAUGAAAGUAGUGUAAACAACCAAAACCUAGAAUCAGCAGCUACUGAGUUUCAACGUAGGUUUCACAUCAGUGCUGAUGAUAACGAGUCCAACCGUAGAGCCAGCGUAACGAGUAAUGUCAGCCAGGCGAGUGAAGUGGUUGACAGUCCAACCCAACCAAGACCGGAAUCCCAACCUCAACCUGCAGAAGAAGCCCCCACGGUCAGGACUGACCCCUCAAGGGAGGGCCUGCCGCAGGGAUGGUCACUUCAGGUAGCACCCAACGGCCGCGUGUUUUUCAUCGACCACAACAGUCGAGCCACCACGUGGGUGGAUCCAAGAACAGGACGGGCAUCGCCCAUGCCCAACCAGAGGGAGGCAGCCAACGUCGCCAGAAGAGUCGCCGGGCCUGAUGAUGAACUGGGACCUUUGCCCGAAGGCUGGGAAGAAAGGGUGCACUCAGACGGGCGGAUAUUUUUUAUCGAUCAUAAUACGAGAACAACCCAGUGGGAGGAUCCCAGACUUUCAAAUCCUAAUAUUGCUGGACCGGCAGUUCCAUACUCUCGAGAUUAUAAAAGGAAAUAUGAAUACAUGAAGUCACAAUUAAGAAAGCCAAACAAUGUUCCAAACAAAUUUGAGAUCAAAGUUAGUCGCCAAACAAUUCUAGAAGAUUCGUACAGAAUAAUCAGCAAUGCUCCUCGUACUGAUUUGCUCAAGACGAAACUUUGGGUAGAGUUUGAAGGUGAAGUGGGAUUGGACUAUGGAGGAUUGGCUCGUGAAUGGUUCUUCCUUUUGUCUAAGGAAAUGUUCAACCCAUAUUACGGCUUAUUUGAGUACUCGGCUAUGGAUAACUAUACACUACAGAUCAAUCCUAUUUCUGGGCUGUGCAAUGAGGAACAUCUCAAUUAUUUUAAAUUUAUUGGUAGAAUAGCAGGAAUGGCUGUUUAUCACGGGAAAUUAUUAGAUGCCUUCUUCAUUCGUCCAUUCUACAAGAUGAUGCUAUCGAAGCCAAUAGACUUGAAGGACAUGGAGAGCGUGGACUCGGAAUACUACAACUCGUUGCUGUGGAUCAAGGAGAACAACCCGACAGAGUUAGAGCUGACCUUCUCCCUGGAUGAGGACAGCUUGGGGCACACAAGCCAGCGUGAACUGAAGCCCAAUGGUGCCAACAUUCCACUCACUGAGGAGAAUAAGGAUGAGUACAUCAAGUUGGUAAUUGAAUGGAGGUUUGUGUCGAGAGUCCAAGAUCAGAUGACAGCAUUCCUGGAUGGCUUCAAUGCCUUAGUGCCUCUCAACUUGAUCAAGAUCUUUGAUGAAAACGAGUUAGAACUCCUGAUGUGCGGCAUUCAGAACAUCGAUGUUAAGGACUGGAAACACAACACGCUCUACAAAGGAGACUAUCAUCCGAACCACAUUACCGUCCAGUGGUUCUGGAGGGUGGUCCUGUCUUUCAGCAACGAAAUGCGCUCUCGUCUCCUACAGUUUGUGACUGGAACGUCCCGUGUCCCGAUGAAUGGUUUCAAAGAGCUCUAUGGAAGCAAUGGACCCCAGAUGUUCACAAUAGAAAAAUGGGGUACCCCUGAAAACUACCCCAGAGCUCACACUUGUUUCAAUAGACUUGACCUCCCUCCAUAUGAGAGUUAUCAGCAACUGAGAGAUAAACUUAUCAAGGCUAUUGAAGGUUCUCAAGGCUUUGCUGGAGUAGAUUGAAAAUCUUCUUUCAAACCCCUGCUGCUAAAGUUUCAAUAUCACCGUUUUCAUCCAACACCAAUAAUAAUUAAUUGUACAUAAUUUGCUUUAUUGUGAUCAAUUGUAUUGUAUAUUAUUAUUAUUGAUAAUUAAUUGUAAAAAUUUUAAAGUAGUUGUUAUACUUUGUGAGGUUGUCUUACAACAGUACUUCGUGGAAUAUCAAGAGUGAUCAUAGUUAUAUGAUAUUGUUUUAUGUAAUAUAUUAGAUUUUUUUAAUGGUACCUUUAAAAUUCAAAAGAAAUUGUUUUCAUAUUUUCUUAUGAUUUAGGGUUCAAUUUUAACAUUUCUGUGCAAAUAUAUGAAUUUAAGUUUUUUUUCUAUUUUGUGAUCAAAACUAGUACAUAUGUGUGUACGUUAUUAAUUUAUUUUUAGAAUGUUUACUCGAUUUUUUACUUGAGAUAAAAUUGUUUUGUAAGUUAUUUUUAUGGCAAAGGCUAAACAGAUAAAAUAAAUGAAAUCAAAA